AUGAACACCACGGUGAAAGAUGCUGUCACGCGCUGCCAGUUACCGAGCUGCGCAUGGCUCUCUUCAACUGACCUGACAAACCUCACCAACGUACCACCCUUACUACCAGAUUCAGAUCUCUCAGGCAUUGGAGUCAUCCUAGGCUUCUCCAUCUCAGCAUAUCUCACAUUACUCUUACUCAUCAUCCACUACAUCACUGUCCACAACGCCCACCAAACAAAGAGCACAGCGAACGCCCACAUCAAUGCAGUCGACCACAGAAUCCUCACCUUUACACGUUCCCGCAUCUUCUCAUGGAGUCCCAGUCGACGCUUCCAGUACGCCAUCGAAAAGUCCGUCCUCAUCCUCAGCGACCUGAACCUAGUCACCGGCACUGCGAUCCUCAUCGCCGGUUACUCACAACUAAAAUGUGGCAUCUCGGCGUACCACUGGCAGAUGAUGGUCUUCAUUUCGUGGUUCGCAAGCUUUGCUUUCGUCUCUGCGACGGCGUUUCUCGAAGGCUGCUCCCAGACUAACAAAAGCAUGCGGCUUAUCAGACUGGUCUUUAUGGUUCUACUUGCUUCGUUGUUGAUUGCUGCCUUGCUUCCGACAGGGUCGAGGAUGUGGCUCAAUGGGUACCCUGAUGAUGGCGAAGGCUUCUAUCCGAGUUUGAGCGCUAUUUGCUUCUACGAAGAGCUUGGAAUGCGGUCAUUCCCACGGCGAGGUCCCAAGAUCUGGUCUAUGAUCUUCUCUGUGGUUAUCGUUGGUGUGUCUUUUGUUCGGUGUGGUAUAAAACUACUUGACCGCGAUGGGGAUGUAUCCCGCACAUGCCUUCGGACGUUACCAGGAACGAAGUUCAAGCAGUUCCUCAGCUUCCUGGAGAGGAAGACACUACCUCCUACGAUUGAGGCCUACGUCUGGCACCUACCAUACCUACUCUCAUAUGCUGGCUUCGUAACCGUCCGGGUCUCCUACGAUGUCUUCGAGUCAAUGCUAUUGGAGAUCCUCUGGUUGGCAUUUGCAAUGGCAUGGGGAACCAUUAAAGUCUGGGAUACACGCGCCGCAGCCUCGUGGAACUAUGACGGCUACAACUUUACUCUCAACCAGAAAAUUUCUGAGGAGAAUUCCUGGGGGUUUGGCCAGACUUUACCGUUAAUCCUGCUUCUACUACCACUUCUCUCAAUGGCCCAGGCGUACCUUGAUGACGACGCAAAGGCUCAAGAGACCUUGCGAACGGAUGAGGACACAUCCUCCCCGCCUGGAACGGCGGCGACCCAAGAGAUGGAGGAUCCGAGCGCUGUAGACCCAGACCCGCUCGUGCCUCAGAACUGUAAUCGGCUUGUCAACCUUCCAACAUACCCCUACGAGAACUUCGCCUCCCACGACUGGUAUCACGAUCACCUAGUCCUUCUGGUCUCACAGAUCGUCAUGGUCAGCACCGUCGCGCUUUUCUUUCUCACGCGCUUAGCAGACAUUUUCGGCAUCUCCUCCAUCCUACGCAGUAGACUCUUCGUCAUCUGGAUCUUAGCGAUCUUACCGCUGGCGUCGUUCAUUCACCUGGCAGCAUGGUAUCUUGCAGCUUUAGUGGUCGGAGAGGGCAUGUGGUGUACUGGAUAUGGCGAGCGGGACUCAUAG